AUGGCGACGGCAGCGGCGGCGGCGCCCCCGGAGGAGGAGGCGGCGGCGGCGGCCCCCGAGGCCCGGCCGCCAGCCGCCAAGCAGGAUCCUGUUAUUGAGACAGCAGAAGAAGCCACUGAACCCGCAGAGGCAGAUAUUAAUGAACUUUGUAAAGAUAUGUUCAACAAAAUGGCCAUUUACCUCACAGGUGAACUGACAGCCACUAGCGAAGACUACAGACUCCUGGAAAACAUGAACAAGCUCACGAGUUUGAAAUACCUGGAAAUGAAAGAUAUCGCUAUAAACAUCAGCAGAAACCUGAAAGACUUGAAUCAGAAAUAUGCUGGCCUGCAGCCGUACCUGGACCAGAUCAAUCUGAUCGAGGAGCAAGUGGCGGCUUUGGAGCAGGCCGCCUACAAGCUGGAUGCUUAUUCCAAGAAGCUCGAAGCAAAGUACAAAAAACUGGAGAAACGUUGAGAGAAGCCCUUUCUGU